AUCUCAUUUUGUUCAACUUUUCAGGAGGGCAAAGAAAUCAGUUUCAAUUACUAUUCAAUAACAUUAUAAACCAUUAUUCGAUUAUAGCGUUAUUUAUUAACUUUAUUAUAAUCAUUGCCCAACAGUCGAUUCCUCUCGAAAAUUUAAAUUAAACAGUGUGGCCAACUUGAUUUGGCCAAAAAAAUGAGAUGAGGUGUUGCAUCUUAAGCGGCCUAUCCGGAGACUGGAGACAUCGUGUUAAUAUUGUUUAUUUUCCUCGUUACUCGCGGCUGGUCUCAACUCUCAAUCGUGUUAUCUAUUUCUAUAGUUGAAUAGUUCAUAAAUCAUUUUUAGUUUCAUAAUAUUUUGUAGAUUAACUUUGUAAAUUGUAAUUUGUAUUAUGAACGUGUGAUACUCAUUUAACAUUUUUAUUUAAUUGUAUUGAAUCAAUUAUUUUUAAAUAUUGAAUUAAAACUAUUACUUGUUUAACUAGUGGUUGUAAAUCAACUUAAAUAUGAAGUUAAUACCUAGCUUAAAGUCCAUCUACCAUACUGCUUUUAAGUAGACUAUAUUUAUUUUCAAUCUAUUAAAAAGAGAAAAAUUAUAAUGGAUAACUCACAAACACAUUUACAUAGUGAGAACUUUGAUUUGUGUAGAAUUUGCUUGUUGGAACCAGAAUCCAAUAGAACAAUCAAGUUCUUAAAUAUAUUUACAUCAACCGCUAGUGAUAAUGGUUUAAGUCAAAAUAUGACAGAAUUACUAGGCGUCAGAGUUGAAAAAGAUGACAUUAAACCAAAGAUUAUAUGUGAGAACUGUCAUAAAUCAUUGUUAAGCUGGGUUGAAAUGAAAAAGAAGGCUACCGAAUCACAAAUUGUAAUUAACUAUAUUGCUAAAAAAUUUGGUACCAAUGUGUUGCCUAAAGUGAUAAAUCCAAAUUCUGUUGAACCUACAUUGCCAAUAGACAGUCAAUCUCAUUCGCUUUCAUCGUUGAAAAGAAAUACAAGCUUACCUAGUGAUCAUCAAAUUAAAACUAACAAUCAAAUAAAUUGUACAAGUAGUAACCAAAAUCAUAUAAGAAGACCAAUAAAAAAGUCACCAUCUAUUUCAAGUGAAUCAGAUGAUGUGUAUGAAAAUCCAUUAGACGACUCUAAAAAUGACGUAAUAUGUAUAUCAGAUAGUGAAGAAUCUAUUAAUGACGAAAACACAACUUGUAAUGAUAAAAAAAACAAUCAGAUGUAUUACUGUUCGAUUUGUAAGAAGAAAAAAUUCAACCAUGAUUGUUCACAGUUUAAUAAGGAGUUCUCUACAUGUUUAGUACCUAAUUGUACUAUAAUAUUUAGAUCUGGGAGAGAUUUCAUGCCACAUUAUAGACAACAUAUAGGCAUGCCGAGUGGAGUUGGUUUAUGUCGCCAAUGUUUUAAAGAGAAUAAGAAAACUGAACGAGAUAUUAAUGGUCAGCAUAUUCAUGGUAAUAUGAAUAACUUGUUUAAAUGCUAUACUUGUAAUAUUUUAUUUGGUACUAUGGUGGAAUUAGCUCAACAUAAACGUACAAAACAUAAUGGUCGACUUAUUAAUUCUACAGGAAAUUAUUUAUGCUUUUUUUGUGAAAAAUCAUCAUCAGAUUUAUCCAAGAUUAAUGAUCACAUUAAAAUAUGUCGAGAUAACCAAAUAGCUACACUCGGACAAGAAAAACCUAGUAUAAAUGCUUUUAGUAAUAAAAAAGAACUGGCCACAAAACCGGCAAUAGUUAAGAAAGCUAUCAAAAAGGAUGUGAUUGAACAUAAAAAAGAAAAAAACACCAUGAUGUUAUCCAAUAUUCACCCGAUACGCACUUCAACUCUAGUUCUAUUCACUUGCUUAAAACCGUCUUGUAAUAUAAUUUCUCAAAGUUUUCAGAGUUUUAAAGCUCAUUGUCGUGACCAUUUAAAUAUCGGAAAUAAUAUUAUGUGUUGGCAAUGUGUCUCAGAUUUCCCUGACCUUGCUAGCCUUCGAUUACAUCAAAUGCAAGGUAAAUGUCAAAAACCAGGAAUGUUUGAAUGUUUUGAGUGUAAUACGAAGUAUGAUGACAUACAGAGUUUAAGUGUGCAUAAACUUAUUGUACACGAUUGCACCAUUGUAGCUAAAAAUAAAAAGACACUUUUAUGUCCAUUUUGUAAAAUUGAGCAUAAUAUUAAUACUUAUAGAAACCAUUUAAUCGAAUGUCAAAUUAAAUCUAAGAAUAAAGUUUCUUCUAAUGAAACUAAAUCAAAACUAUUAGUUUCCAAGUCUAAGUUUUCUUAUAAAUGCACUUUUUGCAAAAAAGUCUGCCAAACUCGGGGUGCUUUAAGUAACCAUUUGAAAAAACAUGGAAAUAUAACAACAGAGAAUCUGUAUAACAGUAGACUGAAAUUUAAAACUAACACAGUUUCUUCAAACAAUAAAUUAGCUAAUUCUAACAUUGUUGUAUCAAAUAAUGACUUGAUAAUGGAAGAUUCAAAUGAUGAUACUUCUCAAAAUAUGAUUGAAAGUAGUGAAAACAAACCAGUUGAUGUUGACAUGUUUCCAAAUGUAAAUAAAUUAUAUUUUUGUAUUAAAUGCCCUAAAAAAUUCGUUUCGCAAACUGGUUUAACUGAACAUUGGAAUCAUUGCUCUAAUGUUGGUGUAAAAAAAAUAAAAUCGAAAAAAAACCUCCCUGCUAACUAUUAUUGUACUAAAUGUAAAGAGUAUUAUACAUGCGUUGGAUUUACUGAACACUGGAGAAUUAAACAUGGUAAAAAACUAGUAUCUAAUAAGUAUAAACGUUUCCAAUGUGGUAAAUGUCAUAAUCGAUUUAAAUACAAAAUUGCUUUGAUGAUGCAUAGAGAACAUUCUCAUAACGAAAAGGAAGUAUCUAGUGUUGUGGAUAAAAAAACUGUUGAUUGUGUUGUUAUGCUUCCAAUCAUAUCUCAGACAACAUCAUUAGCUGUUAGUUCUUCGAAAGAAACCCAAUUAGACUCCAAUUUACAAUAUGAAGAAGAACUAGAAAAAGAAUUAAUUGCAGUUAUAGAUGAUACUGUAAACAAUAUAAAUGAUAACUUCAGUGACAAACAAGAAAGUGAAACUGAAAAUCAGACUAAUAAUGAUAAUUAUGAAAGAAAUGAUGAAGCUGAAGGACAAAUGGUUAACAAUGAUCUUUUUGAAAAUGAAAUUACGAAAGAUCAGGAUAAAUCAUUUAAAGAAAAUUCCGUUGAAAGAGAUUUACUUGGUGAAUCUGAAAUGGAUGUAUCCAUAAUUACUGAAGAAAAUGUUCAGUCUAACAAUGAACAAAUGUUGAUUGAUAAUAUACAGGAUGUUAUCGAGGUUGAAAAAGUAGCUCAAAUUAGUAGUGAAUCAUUAGAUGAUAAUACUGUAAAUAACAAAGUGCCCACAGAAAACAAUGAACAUGAUUACGUAUUAGUUGACAAAGAUCAAAAUGAAUCACCAUUGGAAACAAAUAAUGAUACAAGUUAAUUCGGUUUAUUGUAACUCUCGACAGAAAAAAUAAAUAUGAGAGCUUAGAUAAUUUUGACUAAUUGAAAUAUCAACUUAUUAUUAUAACACAUUUGUAUUUUAAAAAUAUAGAGGUAUAAGUGUUACCCAAGAAGUAAUAAAUUUCCAGCUCGUCACAUUUAAUGUACAACAACACUUGUAUUAAACCAAGGUUUUUCUUUUUAUAUUAGUUAUUAUAAAUCACUGUUGUAAAAAUCAUGUGUAAUAAAGCAUUAUUUUUGAUUUUGUAUACUUAAUAAUUAGUUAAAAUUUUAAAUACAUUAAGCAACAUUUUUUUUAUUAAAAGUAUUCUAGAAUAUUACAAUUAAGCUAUAAUAAGUACUUUUAGCAUUAUAUAUUUUGUUAUUACUCUGUUUGCAGCCAUAUAAAAGUAAACCUAAAAUGUAUGUACUUCUUAAUAAUUUAAUAUACAGUAAAAUAUUUUGUAUUGGUAUUAUUAUACCAAUUAACAGUAAUUAAAUAUAUAAUGUAUCAUU